AGAUUGGGAUUGGCGUGAAGCCGUGAAAUUCUGGAAUUAACAUUUCUAUUAAUAAUGGGGGCUGCAGCGUUGCCUUUUAUCGUAUUUACCGUUUUAUGGGGUGCCGUUGGAGGCGUUGCCCCAUUUUUUGUUCCCAAGGGUCCUAAUAAAGGAAUCAUACAAGUAUUACUCGUUUUAACUGGAGUUUGCUGUUGGUUAUUUUGGCUUUGCUGUUAUGUCGUUCAAAUGAAUCCACUCAUUGGACCUAGACUGGAGAGAGAAACAGUGCUCAUUAUUGCUAAGCAAUGGGGACAACCAAUACUUGAUGGGUAAAAAAAGCAUUUUUUUUGUUUCAUUGAAAAAAUAACGAAAGUGGUAUGUAUGUAAAUGUAGUAACAACCUAAUAAUGUAUUAAUAUAUGUAUAUUGUGUAAAGGUAUUUUAUUAAAAUAUAUAACUCUUAUUCUGAUGUUAUCUAGCAA